CGUAAACUCAUAUAUAUUUUUCGAUACGAUGUGUUUUCGAACAGUAGAUAAGUAUGAUUAUUAUUUAUUAUGUCAGUCGAUUAAAAAUACAAUUGCAAGUGCGCGUAUUGUUGUACUGGUAAUGUUUAGAGCCCUGAGCAGGAGCAAGGUGAGAAUCCUGGGAAAAUCCUCUUAACCACGUAAUCCCUGGACCCGUCUGUUAUUUCUGGACAUUUGUCACCACCCCGGCUCCAACAAUAUGCCAUUUCACGCAUCUUGUGCCAACCAGUGCAACAGGAGGCCAUGUUAUUGUCGCCUCUAGCAGAGAGGAACUGGGAGGAUGUCUGCUCGGUGCUGGAGGAGGCGCUGGAGGACCAGUCCGACAGGGAGCUGUUUGCCCUGGAACUGGGAUCUGGCACUGGGCAGCACGUGAUACACUUUGCCCGGAAGAUACCAUUCAUCACCUGGCAACCGUCAGAUAUCAAAGAGGAGUUUCUGGACAGUAUAAGGGCUUAUAUCGUGGCCGCUAAAGUCACGAAUGUACGGCAGCCAAUUCACCUGGACGCCAGCGAGCCCUGGGACAAGUGGGCGGGUCUCACCCACAUCUCCUGUGAUGUCGUCGUCGCCAUCAACCUGAUGCAGUACAGCUCCUUCACAACGGCCCAGGGUGUUUUCAUUGGAGCAGGUCAGAUCCUUAAAGAAGAUGGUAUUCUGAUCAUUUAUGGGGCAUAUGCAAUGAAUGGCAUGAUUACUCCAAGUUGCAAUGAAGACUUGGAUGCAGAGAUAAAAAAGAUGAAUCCAGAAUGGGGGCUCCCAGACAUAGACGUACUGAGACAACUUGCCUUUGGUAACCGACUGCGGAUGGAAAGGAUAGUAAGUAGCUCGAUUGCACAUGAUUGCCCUUUAAUAUGUUUCUAUCUUUGCUAUAGUGUGUGCACAUAUUGAUUUAUGAACCUUUUGUUUCCCGUAGAUUGAAAUGGAGGAUUACAAGAAAUGCCUUAUCUUCAGAAGGCUGUGAAGGAGUCUAAGAUGGAUCCAGCUUAAAACAGAGCACAUAACUACUAUGUUUCCAUAGCACAUAGCAACAUUAUGGGGUGAAAACAAAACAUUUGUGUAUUUAUUUUUCUCAAUACCUGGUUCUACGUCAGAUGAUAAGCGAAAGUCGAAUACAUGAAUGUAACGCAGAACUGUUGAGUCAUUAUACAUUAAUUUACUAAUCGUGUCAAUGGUGGCAUAUUAAGCAUCAAACACUCAAAGGACAUACUCACAAAAGGGUGAGAACGAAGCAAAUGGACGACAAGAUAUUUAUUAAAUAAAAUCGUAAAAUUACUUUGAAAUCAGACAGAUUGAGAAUAAAAGAUCACAGAUGGCAAUUAAGAAUUACAGAAAUCAGCGUGUGUGUGAGUGUAUGUUACACACAUGCACCACCUCACCUUCAUCCACCCUAGCAUGUGAUGCUUUUUAAGAGACCCCAUGAACAUAACAUAAAACAAAAGCAAACAUCCAUUGCAGAUUUUAAGUGUUAAAAACCUAUGUCCAAUAGAUAAACAGAUAAUGCAGUAGGUGGGAUAUAUAUCUUGUUAUGACUCGGUGCUUUUGAAUCAGGCAACACAAGCUAUCUCAAUUAAAACAAAGCACAUCGUUAUAGCUGGGAAAAGGAUGUUGGGUCAUUGCAGCUAUAGUACUUAUAUAACAUGGCCGAUCAGCAUACCUUUCACUACUUACGUCAUGUUCUCUUCAUAUCAUGAUUCCCGUUAAAGGCCCCUUGCAG